CAUCUGCAGUUCCUACUAUCUCCUAUUCCUUGUUGCUCCCCCUUUUGGAUGGUUUCCUGUACCAUGGUGGAAUGGUCAGUUUGGGUCCCCUCACAGUCACACUCUCCUAUUCCUGACCACUGACCAACAAUAAAUGCUUUUCUUUAGGUUUAACGGCUCUGAGAAGUGAUGAAGUUAUCGAUCUGAUGAUCAAGGAAUACCCGACCAAAUAUGCUGAAUAUGCUGUGGUUCUGCAGGACAGAGAGCGGCAGCAGAUCACUGAUCGCUACAAGGAAUACUCGCAAAUGCAGUUGCAAAACACGCAGAAGGUUGAGCCCAGUAAAGUUCCAGAAUAUAUCAAGAAAGCUGCAAAGAAAGCUGCGGAGUUCAACAGUAAUUUCAACAGGGAACGGAUGGAGGAAAGGCGAGCUUACUUUGAUUUGCAGACACAGGUAAUCCAGGUGCCACAGGGGAAAUACAAAGUUGUUCCACCAGAGAGGACAAAAGUUGGGGCUUAUCCAGUUGCUCUCAUACCAGGCCAAUUUCAGGAAUAUUACAAAAGGUACUCUCCCAAUGAGUUGCGUUACCUACCUGUAAACACAGCCUUGUAUGAGCCACCUCUGGACCCAGAAUUGCCAGCACCCGACAGUGAUGGAGAUUCUGAUGAUGCAGAAGACGGGCAUGCUGAGGAUGAACGAAAGGAAGACAAAGGCUUUUCAGAUACCUCUUCUGGGAGCACAACAGAUGGUGAAAGCCCUAUUGAACAUCAAGAUGAUUCCUCACAGGGAAAGCAGACACCAAAAGAAAAAGGAACACGGCCAUGGAAAGAUGCAAAACGAAGUGUGACACCCAAAUCAGUUACUGGGUACAAGGUAGAAGAUAAAAGCCCCUGAGACUUCAUUUCUGAUGAACCUCUCCCUCAUUUUUUUUGUUGUACUGGGUAGAAUUGGUCAGCCUGUACUAGCCACAGUCCACUAAUGCAUCUCCUGCUAUUUCUCGCCUCUGCUUCCUUACCUUACCCUGUUUUAUUUCAUCUGACACUCACUGGUGAAGUUAUCUGAAUUCUUUUUUAUCUACUGGAACGGAAUUAGGCUUGUAUCUUGUUCCCCUGGGGCUUGCUAUUCUCCGCUAAAGCUACUGCUCUCUUUUUAUACACAUCUGUACUACAUGUCACACUUAAUUACUAACUUUAUUAUUGUUCGAUUCUGCUGAUUCUAUUGCUAAAGACCAUACUUUAUAUAAAAAGUCAAAGUUGUAUUUUUGACUAUUUUUGAAAUGCUUUUGUGUUUUGAUUUAUAUUUCCAUGCAGCCUGGUAUGUUUACAUUUUUUUCUAGUUUCAACAUCUACCAUCAGAUGUUUUAGUCCAGUGAUGUGUUUUAUGCACGUAAUGUUCAAUAGAACAACUGGCUUCAGAAUGUCCUUGGACUACUGGAGUCUUCAGAAUUUAAAGAUUCCGGUUGUCUGGUACUUGGAACAACACUACUACAAGUGAUUUACUAUAAUAUCCAAUGAGCAUUAACUGAAACUUGGCAAAUGUCUAUCUCUGGCCAAACAAUAACUGUUUUAGCACUCAGUUUUACCUCUUAACCAAAAAAAUGUGUUCUACUAAAUUAUAAAUAUAUAUAUUUUAUGUUCAAUUUCUGCCCAGCAAUGACCUGGUUUAGGAGAAGAGUAGCUUGUCAUUGUUAUUAGCUCCUUUAUAGAUGAAGUAUUAAUUACAUCUGAGGUUUAACUAUUGUUGCCCCAGGUGAGUCUCAGCCUAUGUGAGGGCUUGAGAGUAAAUCUCAUUCAUUUGUUUACUUCUCUUAUUUUCACGCCAGCCUUAGAAUAAAAAAUUAGGAUGAAGUGUGAGCUUUACUGGAGUUUAGAGUUUGUGAUUUAUUCUUAUUAGUCAGUAGGAGGGAGAAUACUUAUUCCUUAGACCUUGAAGAUUUUUAAAAACGAAGUUAUUACAGAAUUUUUAUUUAGUAUCAGCUUUCAAGGCUGCUUCAUUGCAUUUUGUUCCAUUUACGUGCACAUUUAACAGAAAGUGUAUCAAGGCUUAUAAACAAAAUGGAGGCCUGGAAGCAGCUAUCCCCAUUGUGGGGUUCUGAUGCUCUUCUAGUUUGCAAACAUCAUCUACAGCCCAGGCUGGAAUUACCCCUCGGAAAUAGAUUCAGUGUAGUUUCUUUUGGUGAUGUCAAAAUGAACAUCAGUGAUUUGUGAAGAAAGGUUAACAAAUUAAUCACUGACAAUUACUGAGUAAUAAUUGACAGUGAAUUAUCAAGAAGCAAAAUAUUACACAAGUUCUGGUAACAUGACUCAAUUUUGGAAGAAAAAAGUACUCAAUUUGGCAAUGCUUAUUCAGGCUAGAUGAAAUACUUUUUCCUGUAUCGUAACAGACCUGCUGAGUAUUACAUGCCAUCCAGGAGGUCCCAAGUUUGAUCACUUGGCUAUGUUGAGUUAGCUAACCUUAACAGGGCCUAUUGUAGGGGUGAUAGUUCCUAGGAUUGGUCUCAACUGUACAGGCCAAGAAGGGGAAUGUCAGCCAUAGGAUUCUACCUCCUGAUCCUUAGGACAACAGCUGUGGCCUGUGAAGGUCAUAUCUAUCGCUGGCAAUUAAUUCAAUUACCAAAUUGCCUAUGAAUGCAGAGUGAGUCAAUGUUUUCAAGUGGGAAGAGAAGAUUUGUAGGGAAAACUUCAGAUAUUUGGCUGCAUUUGUGCUAAAAUACAAACAAAAUGAUCCUGUUUGCAUUUGACACAACAAUUGAGCAGCAUCCCUGCUUUCCUGGGAAGAGCAGCAAAAUUUGGUUACUACAUUUCUUUUAAAUAUGAUCAGUGUAUUCUUGGGAGAAUUAUUUUCACUGAGCAGUUAAGGUGACCUCAUUUAUUAAGUUUGUGAAUGUGUUUUUUUUAUUAAGUUCACUGUGAAUUAGUAUUUUAGUGCUCUAUCCUUUUUGCAAGAUUUAAUGAAAAAUAAUCUUGAUGCUUUUAUUUGAGGUAACAAGGUGUAGAGCUGGAUGAACACAGCGGGCCAAGCAGCAUCAGAGGAGCAGGAAGGCUGACGUUUCGGGCCUAGACCCUUCAUCAGAAA